GGCGACUAUAUCAAAGUCAGUCCAACCGCCUACUACGCUCCCUGUCCGUACUAACCUUGGGCAUUGUGUGCACAGUUGAGUAUGCCAUGGAGGCGAUCUCACAUGCGGGUACCGUUCUUGCGGAGAAGAAGGUAACAGGGAAGCUGCUGGACAUGAGCGGCGCGAAGGACGGUGGCUACGGAGGUAGCGGAGAGAAGAUCUUCUUGCUCAACUCAAAUGUCAUCUCGGGUGUCGCUGGUCUUACUGCCGACGCGAACUCUCUCGUCAACUAUUCACGACAAACAGCACAAGGACAUUUGUUCAACUACAACGAGGACAUCCCCGUCGAGCUUCUCGUGCAGAGAUUAUGUGAUCUCAAGCAGGGCUACACACAAUAUGGAGGUCUGCGUCCGUUCGGUGUAUCCAUUCUCUACGCCGGCUACGACGCGCACUACCAAUUCCAGCUCUACCACUCCGACCCGUCAGGUAACUAUUCCGGCUGGAAGGCGACGUGUAUCGGCGCGAACAACGGCACCGCGCAGAGUCUGCUCAAGCAAGAGUACAAGGACGACAUCGGGAUCGACGAGGCAGUCGGGCUCGUCCUCCGGACGAUGAGCAAGACCAUGGACAGCACUACGCUGGGAAGCGAGAAGCUGGAGUUUGCGACGCUGACGCUGGACGCGGAUAAGCAGCCUAAGGCGAAGAUAUACAAGCCCGCAGAGAUUGACGCGCUCCUGGCGAAACACGACCUGGCGAAGAAGGACGAGGAUGCGGAGAUGAGGGCUGCAUGAUGGUGUACCGUGAUGCUGGCUCGGACGGACCCUACUGUUGUACAUGUUAUUGCAAUUCAAUCCGCUUUCCCAUGCAAGGCGCGGUGAAACAGUGCGGCGACUCGAGCAUUGUCAUUCCUGACCAGUAGGACGCAGUGCAUUUGCAACUCUUCCGCGCCUGGCCUCUUCUGGGUGAGGAGACCGAGCUAACUACGGCGUUUAGCGCCCGUACGACGCCCGCUUCCGCAGCUGCAUAUAGCAACUUG